UAUUUGAGGUGUCCACCUUCUAGCUUCACACUAGACAUCUUCCCUAUUGAUUCAUGUGGCCUUUUUGGGAAUCAUUCUCUGCCAGAAGCUUCAUGUCAUGUUGUUGAUGCCAGUGGACCCAUGAUGGAUGUUCAUAAUUACCCAAUUUUGCUAAAGGUUAUUUGUCUAAACAAGUCAUUUCUUGUGUAUGUAUUGACAAAAUCAGGUGAAAUAAGCAGAAAAAUUUCUUAGAAAGGUUACAGCUGGUUUGAUGUUUAAAUCUAUGUGGACCAGACUGUGACAGUACAUGGUGUAACAGGAGUCACCCUCUUCUGAUCUGGGAAUUACCAUCCUGGAUUGGGCUGUGGAAUACUUUUGUAUGCUUUUGGAACAAAACAGCAAGUGCUGGCACAGCUGCCCAGGGCAGGGAUGGAGUCCCCAUCCUGGAGGGAUGGGGAGGGAUGUGUGGACGUGGCACUUGGGGAGGGGGUUUAAUGGUGGCCUUGGCAGUGUGGGUUAAUUGUUGGGCUCAGUGAUCUUGGAGGGAUUUUCCCAACUGAACCAUUCUGGAACUCUAAACCUGAAGUGUUUUAUUCCCAAGCUGAAGGCAAAUGAAAGGAUGGCAGAAGUGUAUUUAAAUUCAGUGCGAGACAGGGUGCAAACAUGGACAAGAGAUUCCCAGGCUGGAGCAGGUCUCCCAGGAGGAUGGGUGGUGAACCUUCCUGCCCCUCAGCAUGGAGCUGUGGCUCCUGCAUCCCUCUGCACACACCAGGCAGUGAAAAUCCCCCACUGCUGAAAUCCUAGAAUUUUUCAUCAUCACUGAACCUUCAGCCAACUAAACAUCACCUCAAAAGUCGUGGACUCCCAUCUCUGCUCCUGUCACAGAAGUUUUCUACUCUCUGUCCCUGAAGAAAACUGGAGGAAGACUGAAAAACUGUAUUUUCCAAGAUAAAGUAUCAAAUGGCUUUAACACUUGGUGGUGGUGCAGAGAGAGCAAGGAGAGCUUGUUUUCCAUGUUGUGCUUCAUGCAGAUUGUUUCUCUGAAGGCGUGUGAAGGAACCUGACCGAGAACGCAGGAGAUCUCCUGAAGAGCCAGAAAAAAUAAACAGAAAGAAGGGAGAAGCAGAUAUGAGGGAUUGAAUCUUCAGCCCUGCUGGUCCUGAAGGAUCCUGAAGUACUUUACCAGCAACUACAAGUCAUUGAAGAGUCAUUGGAUUAUGUCAACCACUGACAUGAUCAGCACCACCCUGGACAGUGGGGAACAAAUUGUCAAUCACAACCUGGGAUCACAUCAUGAAUUUUUCUAUAAAAACUGUCUAUGCAGGUUAAACUUUGUUUUCCUUCUGUGGAUCUCAAUGACAUUCGUGUGCUCGGGUUACCCCGUUGGCCCUUCCAAGAGCAACAAUCCUUUUUAUUUGAAUUGCCAGCUGUAUGGAAAAUCUGAUUAUUGCCUGCUCCUGCUGAACAGCUGCUUAGCCAAGGUGGGCAGGGAUGAAGAACUGGCUCUUUUAAAGCCUCACCUGGAGACACCUCUCGACAAAAGGUCCUUUCGCAACGGCGUGGGAUCGGGAAUUAAAAAAACUUCCUUUCGAAGAGCAAAGUCAUGAACAAGUGCCCCCAACCACGGCCCCCAUUUUGACAUCUGAUGUUUAACUUUGUGCUUAAAGAGUUAUUUUGAUGCUUUUCUAGGAUCAGACCAGCCCGUGUCCUCAGCAUGUAACCGGGUGUUUGUUCCCGAGCGCUCGAGCCGAGCAGAGCAGAUGGGAUUGCUCGGAACGGGCUUUGUUCCCCAAGUUACAGUGUCAUAAAGUUUUGUCUUGGAAUGAAUGUUUUCAGUUGGUUAAUUCCCCUUCUUUGUAAAGCUACAGAUUUAAUCAAGUUGCUUUUGAUUAAUACCAAGAUAAUCCUAUGCUAUGAGUAGAUGUGUGUUCGCAGCCUGUGGGGAGGAUGGAGCAUAUUAUUCCCAAAAUCCCUCCUCUCUGCCAUAGAGACAAACACGAGGCAAUCCUCUGCUUUCCUGUCCCAAAUCACAUUUACUUGAAGGCAACUGCUCUGGCAACUUUAAUACACAUGUAAAGUACAUUUUAUUUCAGAUUCCCAAAGAUAUGAAGGGCCACUGAUGAAAGGCAGAAUCAGGCCCUACUUGUAACUUCCACUGGCUUUUUAAUAUAGUUAUUUAAAAUUACUUUAGCAGGGAAUAAUCUCUGGAGACGUGUCAGCUCAUUUCCAGAAGAGUCCUGGGAAAUCACUGUAAGGCAGGGUAUCAGCACUGCUCCCUGUGCCUCAGUUAAUUGACUUUGGUAGGCAACACACAGCUGAUGAAAUGUGCCAAAUGUGGGAUUUUUUCAAAUUUCCUGUUAAAAAAAAAAGAAAGAAAAAGGUAAUUU